AUGACAACUCGGAUAGCAGCGAUGACGCAGCUGGAAACAUCCGCAUCUGCAAUCGGUGAUAGGCUAAGGGUAAUUGAUGAUUAUCAAACGCAUCACAGACUGAGAGAAGCUACUGGAAGGAAGCGCGCCGAAGACCUCAAUGAACGUGUCCUGUUGUGGUCUCUUGGCCAAACAGCUGUUAUUCUCAUUUUAGGCGUUGCACAGGUAUUCUUAUUACGAUCGUUCUUCACCGACAAAAGAUCAGCGUACUGA